GGUGUGCGUUUCUAGUCAGCAUAUUUUAACCCGGCUUUGAAGGUGAACUCGUUCACUCGGGAGACGAUAACCGGGACUCUCCUUAGCUACUCCGAAGCAACUUGUUGGGCUUAAGAUGUCCGUCUUGUUUUUUAUUUUCGUUUGUGCUUCAGCCGGUCGCGUUGGAAACACCGGACAAGUGAUGACCGGUCAGCCCCACGAAGUCCAGGCAAACAGCACAAAGGUUUUGGCGGCAGCGCGGUUUGCUGUGGUUGAAUUCAACAGAGCCAACGCAGAAGACCAGUUUGCCUACAAAAUUGUGAACAUAACAUCGGCCAAAAUUCAGGUGGUCGCGGGAAUAAAUUACAUCCUGGAGGUGCAGCUGGGACGUACAGUGUGCAAGAAAAGCGACACGGCUGACAGCGAGCCAUGCGAUUUCCACUCCGAACCCAAGGAACUUCAGUGCAUCUUCAUCGUUACAGAAAUCCCCUGGGAAGACUCGCGUGUACUUACUCGAAAGAAAUGUCACCCAUAUAAUGACUGAUAUGCUAAUGUAUUCGUGCUGGUGGUGUUGCCAAGUAAACAAUCGUCAUUGA